AGUCGGGGCAUUGUGCUUGGAAUCCAUCAGUAGCAAAAGUUCAGCCUCCUUGCCCCUCUUGGGCAUGUUAAUCAAAUUAGUCGACCAAGUCUUUCAACAACAACCAAGAACCCAUCCCUAACUGCUGCUUCAACAGGAUAUUGACAUUUGUUAAACUUGACCUCACCAUGGAUGAGAAAGUUUUUAAGCUAAGCACUGUUAAUGGACUGUAGCACUGACUAAAAUGCACUUAACCUAACACAAAGACACACCUUAACAUAAAGAGGAGCAUGUAACCAAAUGGUAUGAGUGGACACAGUACAGAAGUCCCAUUACUCUUUCUCUGUGAUUGGCCUGAAAAUUGAUCAGCACAAACAGACAUCGUCUUCAUCUACACCAGCCUAAGAGCAGUGUCAGACAUUUCAGUUAGCACCGAUAAUUAAACCCGCUCCACUGAGAAUUGUGUGCACAAGUGACAAACAUGAGACCCAGUAAAUGCUUCUUCAAGAGUCGAGCCAGUUUGGUGGAAUUUUCAUUUUUUCAUUUGUGCCCAUGAUUAUCAAGAUGUCACAAGAUACAAGAAUCACAACAGGUAAUAAGCCAUUAAACCAGAUGUUCAUACUCUAAGAUUCAUAGGAUCCAAAGUUCUGAGUUCUUCCAUUUGAAGAAUUGAUCAAAAACAUUGUAAUUCAUCAAUAUUCAAAAGGUAUGGUAAUAAACUCCCUGAGCUUUAAUCCAAGUACCUUUUUAGUGCUUUUUUUAGUAAUUUGUCUCAUUCAAACUAAGAAGAAAACUAAAAAAGAGAUGAAGAAAUAAAGGACAAGGAAUUCAUUUCUUCUGCUCUCAUCCAACAGGAAAGGUAGGAAAUCAGACUAAACCAUUUUGAUACUAAUGUUGUUGGUUUUUCUAGUCGUGACCCCUUGGAGUUCAUGCUAAAAGAGAACUGAUAGCAAAUUUAUAACAGCAUAUUUAAGCAGUCCAUUUACAGCGACCAGGUUUUCACACUGAAUGGCAGACAUGUUCCACACUAAAUCAGUCUUGAGGCUCCUUUUCCAUUGUGACAAAGUCAUUAGGUACCAUGCUGUGCUGUGAUCCAAAGGAAAACAUGAGCGGUAUUUCCACAACUAGAUCCCAGAGUGUCUGUCUCUGUCUUUACUUCUCUUUCCCUUGAUUAAUCACAGUAGCGUUAAACUGACGAUAAUGAACUGCCAAGAAAUCUAAUUGAAGUGUUCACCUCCACUUGGAAUGGGUGAUUUAAUUCUGCCUCCUAAAGCACAUUAACUCUGUGCCAGAAUUGAGGAAAGGAAGGGAUGCACCACAUUAUUUUGUUGUUAUUAUUUAAAUAUUUAAUAUACAUAUAUUUUUAAACUUAUUCUGGCUGGUAACAAUGCUGAAAUAUACACUUUUUUUCAAAACAGCAACUUUUUCCUGUGCUAAUAUGCGAACAACAUUUAAUUCAACAAUAAAUGAUGUCUGUUCUCAACACUUUAAAGUACUUCCACACAGCCAUCAUGUUGAGUCUUGCCGCAUGUAAGCUGCAUCUUGUGCCCCUAAUUAAUACGUUUCCUUUUCAUAUCUACCAAUACUGAUAGUUAACUUUCAGGCAAUUAUCUGCUGAAGUUUAAGUGCAGCAUGUACAGUCAGUCUAAAAUCAUUAUAAUGCAGAACUUCAUUAAGCCUCUGAAUAAAUUGUGAAAUAAUGUAAUUAUAAUGAUAAACAGAAAUGACAAUACUAUGCUAUAUACAAGGAAAACAGACAUUGACAUUGCAAUAAUUCGGAUGUCUAAAUUACUGGACUGUUAACUUAAAACUUCAUGACUAAUGAACCUGAAAAUAAGUAAAUCAGCUCAUUUAAAAGGCAAUGGGUAAGUCAAAUGGGUAUUUAAAUAAAGGUGUAACAAACACUGCGUAUAGAAGGCAGCAUGUUUAAUAUGCAGCACAUUCAGUGUACAGCCAUGCUCCCAUACUGAUGUAAAUGGACAGCAGGAACAUUUACAACUCGGGGACAACUGGAAAAGCUUCAUCUGUGCAGCAGAGGAGCUCAUUUGCAAAUAGUCAAUAUCCACUCACCACUGAGGAAGUGGGCUUUACAUUGAGUUGCAAAUGACCUGCCUUUUGAUUAGCAUAAGGAGUAGGAAAAAUAUCCCACAGCCUUUGGUCACUUCGUGUAUAGUCUGGAAAAAAAUGGCCAAUAGCUGUUAUUGUUGCCUGCUUGUGUUUGUCCUUCCUUUUAUCUUCUGCAUCCGACCUACUUAUUAAAGCUGUCACAGCUCAGUUGCUUGGUUUGUUGUUGGAUGUUAAAAGCAGGAGGAGAGAAUGAUGGAAUAGGUGGAAACAGGGAGCCUUUGUUUGGGCCACUAAACAGGAAAAUUACAGCCAACUUGUCCUGUCACUGUAACCGUGUUUACUGUUAAUCAACAAAUAUCACCCAGCAGGCAAUUACUGAAUGUCAUGUGUAAUUCGACCACCCUCCUUUCAAAUACGUUAUCUUCCUACGCUGACUCAGGGAUGAUUAAUCUAUGUGGGAAGGCAGCUUUAUCAGUUAUAAAGCUAAAUCCACAGCUCUAUCUUUUAAUUCAAAAGAUGACCCUCCUCUAGGAACAAGCCAAUGGCAGACAGACGUGCCUGCCAACACUUUAUUGCUGUUAUUAAUAUUUUCUUGAUUAGAGCCUGAUGCUCUUAUAAGAGAUGAAAAAAGGGGGAGUUGGACGUCCACAGUGGCUCAGAGAUGGAGACUCAUCAUCCUCCUCUUCUCUCUUUGCAAAAUGCUGUCAAUAAUAAGUCCAGUCUAGACACCGACUCAUUUGGCGGUCCACAAAGCCAUGUUCCACCUCAUUUACUAUAAAACCAACUGACUCAGGUUGUGCAUAUGGGUAUGCAUGCUUCUGCGUACCUUUGUUGUGUGUGCACAUGCUUGACUGAGUUUGUAAUGAAACUGCGUAAUGAGUCUGCCGGAGAGUGGAGAGAAUAGCCCUUGAGGGUAUCACAAUGUCACAGUGCAGGGUUCCUAUCUUGAAGUAAACAGGCUGCUCCUCUAGCAUGCUGAAAUAUUUCAGAAUUGUCCUCAGAAAGCUUUUCGAUGGGAAAAGAGUUGCCAUCAGCGAAUCUCAGCCGGGGAUCACAAGAGCAGGGUUUGGGAUAGAUGAGAGACAAAGAGACAGGGCAGGUAAGGUAGCCUUCAAAGACAAACUGAAGAGUGACAGUAUAACAGGAAAGGAGGACCAAUUUGUUUGUACAUAAGGGAGGGCAGUGAGAAACACAAAAACUAAGUGUGUGACCUUGCUGUCAAAGUACUUCAGACUAGAUACAGGAUGACUGACAGUGAAAGGCCUGCUUGGAAAGGUUGCUUUUGAUUUAGUGAUAGGUUAUCUGGCUGUUGAAUGCAGACUAGAAAGGAGCUUUAAUCAUUACAAACUGGGUGGCUUUGCUGUCUAAUGUUGAUCAGAUAAAACGAAGGUCAACAGUCUGACUUUAAAAUGUCAUAUAGUCCUAUGAUGGUUCAAGAUAACAGUUUGAUAAUCCUUUUAUUGUAGUUAGGUAGGGGGUGCUGUAAUAUUCCACUACUCAGAUGUAAACAAGAAUACAGGAAAGAUGGCGUCUUUGGGAAGUGGCAUGAUUUGACAUUAUUUUGAUCUAAAAAAUGGAGAUAAAGUUGUAUGUAGGCUGUGUCUGGUUGGUUAAACCUCCAUUUAACCAACUGUAGCAGUGUGUUACCAGGACAGGGAUGCAGACUUUAACCCGCAAGGAAGAUCUAGGUCUGAUGGUGCUAACUCUUGCCAAACCAAUCCAACAUUGUUUACUUUAGAUCGCUGCAACCCUAUGUUUUGUUGUGCAUAAUACAUUUUGCUUAUAUUUGAGUCUUUUGUUGGCUUGUUUUUACCUUUAAACUAACGAUUUAGUUGGAAUUCAAAUUACUGUUGAAAUAAAAAGGAAAUUAAUCCCAUUGGAACAACGCUAUUGCUGUAUUUUUUUAUGCCAUGAUUCACUACCCAGGAUCUUUUAGGACAGAGCCAUGCAAGCAAAAGUUGUAGAUAACAAACCUCAAAACCCUGUAAAUGAAAAGAAUUUAAUUCAUUUAUAAUUUUGGGCAACACUUAUAUAAUAACCCAAAGAGAAAAGAGAGCUAUGUUAUUCAUCUUUCACUUAAUUCAUCAUUCAGCUUACAUAUGACACUCACCCAUGUUUACUGGCCAUUCAGUCAUUUUGGAGUACCUUAGUAAUACACCAUCAAAUUUUAUACUGCCAUAUGAAUAUUACAGCUCCCGGACUUCCAGACAAAUCGAAAAACUAUCAUACCAUCUCACCUCCUCCUUGAACUUGAAUCAAAUAAAAAUUUGCAGCUCACAAGUGCACUUUUCUACAGGUAAAAGCACUCACUUCCUCUGUUAUACAUUGUUCACACAUAACCAUAGCAGAGGAAAAGGCGUGUGGGAGGAACACUGGGGCACUACGAGACACUCAAUCACAAAGUGAGAGAGAAAGCCCAUCAACUAUCCCGAAUGGUGUCAGUUAGACUUUCGCCGAAAUGAUUUUUUUCCUCUUUUUUGUCCUUCAAGAUGACAGCUUCGAGGUCAGCAUCAAUCAUAUACUUGCCCAUGUGUGUCACAGCAGUUGGCCUCUGGUGAUGUAAUGAAUCCUAAUUUAAGCUGCUAUCAGGGCAUAUUCAAAAAAAGAGGCCAGAUGCUGUUUCCAGGAGGCCAAGAUGUUUUUCUCACAACACAACUUAGAAGACAGGGAUGAACACACUCCCAGAUCAUCUAAAUAUGGCUCAUUUCAAAGUCCCUUUAAUAUUGAAAGAGGAAAAUAAAUACAAUCAUAGCAAUGCAAAAGUAUCUAUUACAUAACAUGGACUAUACUGAGAUUUGUAAACUGUAAUUCAUGGGUCUAACAUCCUCAGACCAAGUCAAUGCCAGGAACUAUAAGCUUAUUUUGAUUAAAGUCAGACAUCAAUCACAUAAAACCGAUGGCUGAGUAGGAGCAGUCUAUAAAACUGCAUGUCUCCAUUCUUAACCUCUUCACCCUUGUGUGUAUUUUAGUAUAAAAUACUGAUAGCAAGCAAAUGAGGAUUCUCGGAUGAGCGGCCAAAACUCUAAGCUGAACUGCUGUAUUAUAAAAUAUUAGUCAUAAGCCAUCUCUGGAUGAAGCUGCUGUUCAGGUCAUGUUUGACCAAGAAUAGGUCUAUGAUCUCCAAGCAGCAAGAAUGAAUGAAAAAUGCAACACAUGUAUUUCACUUCGUAUCAGGCUGUGAGUGAUAGUGUAGUCUCUGUGGCACAAAAACCCACUUCCCUGUUUCAUAAGUGUUAAAUAUUUUAAAGUACUACAUAUGAGCUGAGCAGAAGGAACAACGUGGGCAGGAGGAGGAAGACAUGACUGAGAAAUGAAAGCAGAGAACAGAGUUUCAAACAAGCCGCAUAAAAUAUUGAUAAUCAGAUUUUUCUUCGACAGUCUAGUCUGUUAAGAUCGGGGAUUUGUUACAUUAUGGGGCCAAAAUUAGAAAGCAUAAUCUGAAUUAGCACAUCUGAAAAGCACACUGAAUUAUCUUCUUGUGUUUUCUGCUUUACCAUCGAUGCGAAGGUUCGACUUAAAUGACAGGAAAUUAUAGAGAACGGUGGCCAAAGCAACAGGUUCAAUAAUCACCUGUUUGAUUAUGUCAAUAGAAACUGAAAACUCAGAAGCUUCCUGAAAGCUGAAUUUGUGGUAAAUUGGAUUACAUAAGAUUGUCCAGGUGUUUGUAGUGCUAUGGCUGGCAGGUACUAUAAAUAGCAUUACCACCUGUGUUCACCUGUCCUCCGUUAUCCUCCUUAUAGUGAUGGAUGUGUUCAUGAGAGUGAGAAAACGUAAUCGUCAUGUUUGAAUAUGAUAAGCGAGGCUACUCUGUUGGACAGCACAGACAUCAGCUGACUAAUUAAAGUACUGCUGGUGGAAAUAACAGCCUGUUAUAUAAACAAAACCCUCCUUCCCUUCAUAUAAACGGACUAAAGCUGUAACCGCUAGCCGCCACAACACAAGCUGCGGUUACACCUGAACUCCAAUUUCCUUCACAUUCUGCUCCUGAAUACUUUUGAAGCUAGAUAAAAUCGACAUCGCAUACUCUUCAUAUUGACUAAAUCGGGUGGGAAUGUUUUCAAAUCAAAUUUAUUUUGUCACAGAGUUUAGCGUUUUUAAUGCAAAUCUGGCUCCAGCCAGUCUCACUCAGCCCUAACAAUUUAGAGUUGAUUUAAUGACCAUCGAUAAUCACUUUCUGAACACUUCAUUGUGACUUGCGAUGCUGAAAUUGGUGUCUUGUUUACCACUUCCAUUUCGACUGUUGUAGGUAUGGAAACAAAGGUCCUUAUCCAAAACCACAAUACCUAGACUAUUUAGAUCUGAACUAAGUUACCUUACAAAAUCUAGAGACUUUAUAAAACUUUCAGAUUAGUGAAACCUUUAUUCUAAAGGAAGGAAUGCAAUAAACAGCGUUUUCUAGAGGUGAAAAUUAAAGUAAAUGCAUUCACUAGGGGGCACCAAAAUCAAGUUAUUUACAGGACUUUUUAAAGUUAUACAUUCUGGCAUCAAUCUGGCUUUUUUUCCCCAACAAAUUCGAUCAAAGCAAUUGAUAAUCCUCCAAUUAAGUUCUUUAGAAACUUAUAUUUAAAAUCUAAAAUGAUAAAUUUGAUAUGAUUUUAAAAAGCCAUCAAUAUUAUAUGAUUGAUUUAAGAAUUAGCAAGGGAUAUGCUAUGGUGAACUGUCAUGAUAAAGGAAUAAAGGAAUCCUGGAUCUAAAUUGUUAAAUUUUGAAUAUUUCCUCACUAAUCAAACAUGUUGACAUUAAAAAGGAUUUCAGAGCACAGCCAGCUUAUUGAUUAAUUCUUAAAAUAUAAAACACAGAUGGCUUGCUUUGCUGACCCACAGAGUAACAUGUUUAAUUAAUAAAACAAUAUUUGAACAAAGGAAAAAAAAUAGCUGAAUUAAUUCCAAUGAUAAGCAGAAAUCAUAGUGAGAUGAGUGGAGAGAAUCAAAUUCAGCUCCAGUUGGCUCUAAAUCCCUGGAUACACAGAAAGAGGUCUUGGUGCUGCAGCAACACAUUUUUGAGAAAAGUAUUUCCCAAUAUUUACAAUGCCUCUUCCAUCAGCUAGUGUUGGGAUCUAAACAGAUAAAUGAAGGCAUAUUUAGUAACACAAGUGAAUCCUGAGAUUGUGGAUCUCACGUUACAGUUAAAGGACCAUCAACAUCAAAAGAAAGAUAUAAACCACUUCAGUUUGGCUCAGCUUUCACAAUCUCACCAAUAGAAAUGUCUUUUUAUACAGAGAGAAAAAUAAUCAAUGAAAUUUGAAAUUUAAGAGACAGCACGAUGAAGACCUUGCCGUCCUCUCGAAAGAAAUUAAAGAUGAACUUGGCUCUGAAAUUCAUGCUCCAGACUGCGGGCAGCAAAAAGGGAAAGAGUUUUUUUUAAUGCUCCAUUGAGUCAAUAACAAAAUGACUCCCAGCACUUGGCAUUAAUCCCUUCCAUCACUUACUGUCCAAAUCAAAGAGUGCAGAGAUGUUUUGUUUACUAUGGCUCUAAUUUUUUUUAUUCAAUAUCACAAAUUGUAGCCUCAAUUUUCAUGCUCUCAUUUAAGAGAUAGCGGUUGUGUACACUCACCUAAAUGCUGGUUUGUGAAUGACAGUGAAGUGUGACUGAGCUAAAAUCCUUGUGUCAGUGAAGGCAGCAAAUAAAUGCAUCAGGGAUUUUUUUUGUAUGUAUUUCCAUGCAAGAAUAUUCAUUGAAAAAAUCAUCCACUCUGGAUAAACAUUUCUGCCUCUUUGUUUGGGUAGUGAAAGGUUACUCAACUAACUUCCUUUAAGGUCAGAAAUCAGCAUCUCUAACCUCGUUUCAUCUGUAUUCAUCCAAUCUGAUCUAAAUCAUCUCUUCACACAUCCCUGCAUCACCUUUCAUUUUUCUCUCACCGUGUCUGAUAUGUCUUCAGCACCUUCACUUUCUCUCAUUGCCCGUCAUCUCCUGCCAUCUCCUCUCAUGUCUCCUUCCCCUAACCUCAUUACAAAAUCACAGUAUCUCUUACAUCUUUGACUGUGGAUGCACAACAGAGAGACUCCAUCACUCCACUGUAACCUGAGAAGAUGGAGCUCUCUAUAUAUUUUCCUCUUCCAAAGCUGAGUGGAAAAUCCACCAAACGAACAGCAGAAGUUUGUAUGAACACGACAACAACAGGAGGUAACUGCUGGCCGAGGAUGAAUGCUAAAACUCUAUUUGGCAAAAUAAGACGUCUCUCUGUAUUACAUAACAGACCUGCUGUGAUUUAACUGCUAGAUCAAUUUCAAUGAAGUCAUUAAUAUUUGCUUUCUUUUACCUCCUCAGCAGAGUGCGCUCCACUUCUCAGAGAGAUUUAAUGGGUGAGUGUGCUUGAAUGCUAAAUCACAUUUAGACAGCGAUCUGGAUGAUGUUCAGGAGCGGCUCUGCAACACUUAAAAAGUGCUGUGAUGAAAAGCUUCGUGAUAGCUGCUACCACUGAAAAAGCACACUCUGUUAUCACCACAUCCGGUGUCUUCCACUUAAUUUUCAUGGACAGAAAUAUUGAAGAUCCAAGGAGCCUGUCUGAAAUGGCAUGACCUCUUGUGAAGCAUGUUGAUUGGGCUGCAAUGAGAAGGCUAUCCAAUGACAAGGCUUGCAGGCAUUAGUGUUUUUGAUAGAGGGUAAAUCUCACCACUUUUCCCUCAUGAUCUGAGUUAAAAAACACUAUUUUUAACCUUCAGGGUAUGUGUGUCAUUUCUGUGAAUGUUGCCCUUACCAUUAGCCCUCUCUGACUGAUCCUUUUGCUACUGUCUCCCCUUGGGGCACCCUGACUCAGCAUGCUGAGUUGUGUGGGAAUACACACGCCAUGAAUCUCCAACACUGCUGGUGCCCGAUAAUCAUAUGCCAGCUGGCCUAUUUUUGUGAAAAGGGAAGGCAUGAUGGACCCUUGAGUCUGCAUGGCCUUAUUGCAGCCAGGACAAGGACACAGUGACAGAUGGACAGUGAAGCUAGGGGACAAUCCCUGCACUGGAAGAGAAGGAUGCGAGCUGAAAAAUGAGCAGAGUAGCCUUUGUAAUGUGUCUCAUGAUAAGGGAGUCAUUGCCAAAACAUAGUAUUAUGAUGACAUGAUACCAAACCCAGAGGCAUGUUAUGUAAUCUUGUAAGGUAGGGUAUAUAAAAUUGGCAUCGUACAGUAUGUGGCCCCACAUGCUCCAGGACAGACAAGACAAGGGAGACCGAUGAGCGCAUCACAUGAUAGGAGCAGUAGGCACAUCUCAGCAGCACCAUCAUCAUCACGAAACUUCUCUCCUUUUAUCAAUGAACAGGGUGGCGUAGCUCAACCCACCUCUGUAUUGAUUAGAAGACCCUAUAGUAUGAUUUGAUGGUGACACGUAGGUUAUUAUGUGUGUGUGUGUGUUUUGCCACAUGAUCUAUACUCACAGAAUCACUUGCGUUUUUACGCAGCUGCUCCUCCUCUCCCAGCACCGCGGCCGGGUCCACCACCAGCUUCUCGAAGCACGCUGAACCGAGAGAUGAGCUCUUCUGCUGGUACAUGAUCAGCUGGGAGACGGGCAGUUUGGGGCUCCCGUGCGCCGUCAGCUCGGGUUUACUCCCCGUUGCCCCAGAAGCUGCGCCAAGGGGAUGUAGCACAGGCUGUCCAUCGCUGCUAGUGCCCGGGACUGCAUCGCCUCCAAGGUUCUGUUUAUCUCCUUGAAAGGGCGCCGGCGUAGAGCAGAACAGAUUCGGCUGGGACGACGAAAACACCCGGUCCAGUUGUUUCUUUUUCCUUUUAAACAUCCACAACCCCGACUCCUUUUUGCUGCCCUCCGCGCCCCCGGCACCGCGACGCUCCGAUCCCAGUUUCGGACUGAGCCAUGGCUUGGUUUUCUCCUGGAAAUUCUUCCACAUCCUCCGCUGGUAGGAGAGCGACUCUUGCCCCUUCGCGGUGCUCUCAUCCUUGGGUGAUUUUUGCUCCAUGGUGCCUGUGCAGCAGCCAGCCAGCCUGAGCACACUCUAAAGUGGUGGUGGAGGGAUGUCACAGUUGGGCUGCUGCAGCUCGGGAGCACUUCCACUGAUGAUCACUUUAUAGAGCGCCAAGAAGGAGACGCACGGAGUGAUGAUGAAAGAGGUUUUAGCCUCAACACGAGCCUUUUAAAAAUGCCUAUGUGGGCAGGCUGCAGCGUAAAAUUUUAUGACACACACUGUGCAGCACGCUGGUUAGACGUCAGACAAUGUCCACAUCUAUUGACGGUUUCUCCUCUCUCAGCGGCGAAGUUAGUCACCUGCAGUAUUUUCUGCAAGAUGCAUGCUCAACAAAUGCUCCUUUCAGUUGCAGACGGUCUUUGAGUCCCUGCUCUGUCCAGUGAGCCUCACCGGGUUCAAGUCAAACUUCCUCAUUAAUUGUUAGGCUACAUUCAAAUGCAAGACGAAGGCUGCACCGCGCCUCCCUCUGGCCGCCCAUCUCACUUGACUGGAUAAUCUGUAUGCUGGUGAUUGCAUAAUGCAACUCCACAAUGCCUCGUGGAGAUGUUUAUUAUUACUCAGUUACGCUUUCCUUGUAGCAAUCAUCUGAGUCUGUCUGUGUGGAGAUCAUACGUGCUGUGUGUGUGUUGGGACAAUCUGUAAACUCUCUCGCAGCAGUGACCUUGGUGAAUAAAAGGUAGUGAGUCUGAGGCCUCUCAUAGGUUUUGCACUAUUUUGCACUGCAGCCAAGUAGUCUUGAUAUGUCCAUCCUGUCAAAUAGGUCAGGCUUCUCUGAAUGCGAUCACCCACAUGCAGUAGCAAGGAAGCAGCUCUCGAAAACAGCCUCCUCUGUUUCUGAGGAUGCUUUACUGCUGCUGCUCAGAUAUGUGUGCAUGCCUCUGUGUAUUAUCACUCAUUAUGACUUCUCCUUAGGCCCCGCCCCAUGAGGUGACCUGCUAUGUCACCCCUGGUAAACACUGUCCCCACUUUCACAUAAAUAAAAACACAAAGAGAGGAAUUACUAGACUGGAUGCUCCUCAAGUCUUAUUCUCUGAAAUGGAGAUGAUGAGUAAAUCACAACAGAUGAGAGAGGCCAUGGACUUUUCUCAUAACAUACAGUGCCUUGAGAAAGUAUUCAUACCCCUGGAGCUUUUUCACAUUUUGUCACUCUGCAACCACAAACUUAAAAGUAUUUUAUUGAGAAUUUUUGUCAUAAACCAGCACAGGUGUUAUUAUUACAAACAGGUGGACUCUAUUAACUAUUGCACUGCAUUUUAUUUAAGGGUAUCCGAGUACAGGGGGCUGAAUACAAAUGCACACCACUCUUUUCAGAUUUUUAUUUGUUUACAUUUUUGAAAAACCACAUUUCAUUUUCGUUCCACUUCACAAUUAUGUGCUACUUUGUGUUGGUCUGUGACAAAAAGUCUCAAUAGAAUACUUUUAAAUUUGUGGUUGUAGAGUCCAGGGCCCUAUAUGUUGCGUGCAUGCAAACUAAUGGAAUAAAACCACCAUAACAUGACUUUGGUAUCACCUGUAAAAGCGAGGGUGCAGCCUUGACCCUCUGAUAAUGAGAAAAUGAGCCCUUCUAGGUGGAUGAUUUAUCGACAUCUGUAUAACCUCUGAAGUCUUAUUUUGUUUUUACAUAGACCAGGUGAUACACAAACAUUAAAUCAAAAUCCAAUUACACAGUACAUGUUCCUCUGGAUCACUGCAUGAUUUCUCAUCCCUCCUACAAUAUAAAACACUUUAAUUACAAACAGGAGGGCACUGGCGGCAGCAGCAGCUCUGCACACUGCCCUGAACCCCCUCUCUAAUUUGAGGAGAUGGAGAUGUGAGUAUUCGAGCCAGACAUCUCCUUUCAGCGACCAUUGGCUUCUCUAUCGGGCCAGCAGGGAUAAGUGAUGACCCUGCAGUGUGUCACCCUUUCCUCUUAAUGAUCCUGGUCCCGUUGAUAAGAGACAAAUCCAAGUGUGUGUGCUUUUGUGUGUGUGUAUAUGAAUUAAGUUGUUCUGCUGAAGGCAUUUGAGUGUAAUUCAGUGGCAUUACUAGAACAGUUGACUCAUUCUGUGUGAUGGCGGGGGUUAGGUCGAGCUUUAUAUGAAACAUGAUGAGGACAUUUUCACUCCAGAUGCUGCAUCAUACUGAAUGGUUCAUUCAGUCAGAGAAAGGCUGAAUACUCAGUGGGUGGAUUGUUGAAUUAUGUGCAAUGAAACAGCAGAUAAUUAGGUUAUGAUGCCUUCAGUGAGCUUGUAUUUCUUUUAAAUACAAACUUCACAUACAUUUACAAACACAUUUACAAACAGACUCAAUUUUACCGACCAAUGAGGAGCAACAUGUAGGUAAUUCAAAGCUGAAUACUCACUUGAAACACAAGUUUUCAGGGUCCUUCAUUCAUUUUGAGCUUGCAGAGUUGUUAAGGAACCACAGAUUUGGUGUGUCUAUAAAAGUAUGGUUUCAAUCAGCUCUGUUGCACAUAGCAGAACAAAUUGAACUGAAAAGACUCUAAUUUGUUCAAUUACUUCACGAUCAUUAAUAUGAGAGAAAGCAUUUUAAUCAGUAAUAAUUAUUCCUUGUAAUGUGGCAUGGAUCACACUCAGCUGCAUCAAAAGGACCAACCCAGAAGGGUGAGAUUAAUGUAAUACAUGACUGGGUGAUAGACUCUACAUUGAGAAAAACUUUGAACAGUUUAUUAAAGGUAUUCAUCAGUGUAACUCAAGAUUCAGCUUAAAGCUCCUGUUAGGAGUUUUUGAUGUUGAUGAAAUAGAUUACAGUUCAUAUUAAUGUCUUUUCAUGAUAUCCAAACGCAAACUAAACCAUCAGAGACAAGACUGACAAUUUGUAUCCUCAUUCUUAAAGGGAUAUUCCGGUGUAAUAUUAAGUUAGGGUCACACACACCACAACACCGAGUUAGACAACCUGUCGGGAGAUGAAUGUUGCCGAACACUUGCUUCUCUAGUUAUACCAACUUUAGUAACCACCUCAGGAUAGCAAUACAGAGAGCCAAAUGCUCAACCAAAACAUCUCUCUAUAGCCACAAAUAAUGCUCAGAACAGCACGUAAAAUUUGUGAUUAUAACUUUAUCAUUGCCUUGAAGUAAUAAUCAUCAUAUUUAUCACUUUGCAGAUGCGGUAGUUCUUCUGCCUUAGUGUCUCUGUCUGAUUGCAUUUCCGUGAAGUAAUAAUCAUAAAUGUUCUUCCCCCCACUGUAGUCGAUGGACUCGCCCAGAGGUCUCUGUACAAACAAGCAGCUGGUGGAAGAAAGACAGUGAGUUGUGUUUAGUCUUUUUGCGAAAGAAAUCAGGCAAAGCUAAAAAGAUGUUUGGUGGCUAGUGCUGUGGCUAGGAUCCUAUAUGUACUGUUGAUGAAGUUAGGUGCUGUUCUGAGCAUUAUUUGUGGCUAUAGAGUGGCGUUUUGGUUGCGCGUGAGGCUCUUUGUAAUGCUAUUGUGCGGUUGUUUCUAAAGUUGGUAUAACUAGAGAAGCAAGCAGUCGGCAACAUUCAUCUCUCAACGGUGUGUCUAACUCGGUGUUACUGUGUGUUUGACCCCUAAAUUAAUUUUACGCUGGAAUAUCCCUUUAAUGCCUGAAAGCAGUGAGGAGGUGGGUGUCAGCUGAGCAGAUGAAGAAACGGUCCUAUUUUUUACUAUUUACACUCAAAGUAUUCACAUUGAACGUUACAUUUAACGGUCAGAAGUCAUUUGGAUGAGAUUUUGUUUUUUUGCUAAAAGACUUUUUAGCAUGUAAAAGACAAAAUAAGCAAAAACUGCUUUGUCAACACAAGCUGGAGUUCCUCAUAAGAGCUUUAAGCCAUAAUAAUGAAAACCCAAAUGUUGAUUUAUAAGGUUAUUUUACAGCUCACAGUUAAGCCGAAAUGAUACCAGUGCAGGAGACACCAGACAACAACAGUUUUAGAUUUCUGUACGAGAAAAAAUCGAUCAACUCAGCGAGACAGGGUUUGACUCAGUAAAUGAACUCUGUACGUCUCUGAGGGCUGCUUCUUUAAGAGGAAGCCAUAUUUUUAGGGGCUGGUCAGUUUGUCACUUCAUUUCUCUGGGGUUAGGGGAAAAGUCCUUUUCACACUCUACGCUCUGGUCUGCUGAGUUAAGCUGCUUCAUGGAGUUUGCUUUGCAUCAUUCUCGCAUUACUGUGUUGACUAAUUCACAGUGGCAGACGGGCACACCCUGCUCGUGGAAACCACAGUUACCAAGUUACAAGACAAACACAUGAACUCAAGAGGUGGCUGGACAAAAGCAGAGGCCUGUGAGUAUUUGAAAGUGUGAAAGAAUUAAAAUAACGACUUUGUAUAUUUGUGUUUAAGAGUGUGUAGCAUUUUUAUUGCAUACUGUUGAAUUUAGCACGCUGGGUAAAGACUUAAUGGUAUGUUGCAUUUGGUAAAAAUGAUAUAGCUGAAACACACAGCAGAUUAGGGACACACGUGAUUUGAAAUGAUACCAAAUCAUACGUGUUUUUCCUUUAUAGUAAAGAAGAAUGUCGCAUGAGUCACGAUUACAGCCUUAUGAGAACCACACCAGGUAACUCUUUAUGUUUUUUACAGUUCAUUGGAAUUUCCUUUAAUCAAGAAGAUACUGCUUCUCUGUUGUGUUUUUCUUGGCCCUUACAGCUCCUUUGGGUCAGUGAUAGAGUCAUUUAAUCAAUCUUUGUCCAAGAGGUAGAUACGUUCUUUCUCCCCAGCUGACUGGAUCGAAUCACUGUUGUGGAGCAUUGUGAAUCAGGUUUAUGAGAUUAAUUCUUAAUCCUCAGAAGCAUCAGGAAGGGUGACGCAGGGCGGGAACAAAGAUGAAAUGAAGGAUCUGGUUUGAGAGUGACCUGAGGGCAUUAAAUACCAAUAAAAUCCCCUCUACAUUAUUCUUCUGGGUUACCCUGUGAUAUAUAUUUCGAACAUAUCCUUGUACCUCCACAGCUUAGGAGAGUCAGUUCAACCUUUUUCAGCAACACAAAUCCCUCUGUUACCGAAUCAAUAUUAAUAGGCUUAUAAACUUUUAAGACUCAGAGCUUGUUUUUUUUCUCUCUCUUCCUGUUUACUUUCCCGUUAAGGUCUGAUGUCUUGGACAGUGGCCCUCGUGGUCAGGAGAAGACACUUGCGGUGCUGCUGGAGCAGGCCAUUAAGAUCAAAGAGGAGGUGGCGGCAGGCCUGCAGUCCACCCGGGGCUCCAUCCAGGUGGAGGCAAUAUCCCGCAAGCUGCUGGAGAAUCACAUAUUGACCAUUACACGCAUUGUUAAGCAGCUUAGCGUGGACAUACAGGUAUACAAGUGGGUGGAUGGUGAGGUUGAUGGGGACUGUGAGGCAGUUUUUUGUAGUUGGAUGUAGUGCCGUAACAAAGAGAAAACCAUUCCCCAACGGAACGGAGUGAAUUCUCUUUUUUUUCCCUCUGCUUCUAUGUCUUACAUUCCCGCUCACCCUUUCAUCAGCUUGUCUUUCUUCUCCCUGUCUCUUUUGAUGUGCAGCACACACCCACACUCACGGCCACAAACUCACAGCUGAUUUGAUUACACCUGAUAGAAUGGUGCAGCGCUUAAGCCCAGCCUGCCCCGGCCUACUCUUCGUCAACAGCGGCUCGUGGAGAUUCUGUCUGUAUAAGCAGAAAAAGGAGGAUGUAGUUAGAUAAAUACUGACAAGUCGAACACCCACCGACCUCUGAGAAACUACAGUUAGUGUUACUGUGAAGUGCACGAACUGCGUAAGCCGAACAUCACACCCUUUCCGUGAAACUGCAUUAAUGACACCCAAGGAUGAAAUACAUGACUGCCCUGCAUACAAAGUGGUUCGCUAAUGUGAUUAGUGGAUGUCAUCAACUCAAGUAUGACAUGAAUGUCAAAUUGCUCAUUAAUUGUGUGCACAAAUAAGUAAUAAGGCAUGUUAUGGAGUGAAUGUGCUACUAAAUCAAAUUAAAGUAUCAUUACAGUAUCAUUAUUAGCACUCUUGAUGGGCUAGUUGUUUUCUGAAGGUGGGUUAUCAGAGGUACUUGGCUCAUUCAAACAUGUUGGGCUAAUGCGUCAUUUGAAUCUCUAAUCCCUGGAUCUUAUUUCACUGUAUCUUGCAGAGAGGAGUUUGACAUAUUCUGACACAGUGAUUCUUUUACCAUAAUGUAUACUUAUUUAAGACUGUAUUUCAAAAUUACAGGUCCAUAUCAGCAUAAAAAAAAUACAAAAUAAAUUAAUACAAUUCACGGACAGUAUAAAAAAAGUACAAAAAGACAUAUGCUCCUCUGUUUACAAAAACAAUCAUCUCUCUUAAUGGGGAUUGAAUGAGCUCCUUUAUGAUUUCAUUUUCUAGAUCAAUUAAUGGACACAUACAUUUAUGCAUUUCUCAGGACAGCAUGGGGACAUUGUUAGAAACAAACUCAUCUUGGUAACUUGAGAAGGAUUCUUUAUGCAUUGUCGUUGCUCCAUGAAGCUGUUUAAUUUUAGCUUCGCUGUAACUGCACCGCUGCUUGGCGGGAAGCUGUAAAUAGCUCAGCCUGAGCAAAUUCACAAUCUUGUGCAUACAGUUUUCUCGCACUAGUGCUACAGCUCAUCAUCACUUAAAUCGUUUCUGAUCAUCUGCCCCAGAUAUUUUACUUUAUCUACCACACCAAGCACUUGAUCAGAUAUAAAGACAGGAAGGAAAUGCUGCUUCCGGUUGUCUUUGACUGUUAAAAAGCACUCUUUUAACUGUUAAACUUGAAGUCACACUGCUUACUAUAAUUAGCAAACCCAGUUGCUAUAAACCGCCACUGUGAGACGACUAGGCAUCAGCAGGCUUUUGCUUUGGCAUAGCAUCAACUAGUAACUCUAAUAUCAGCCAAACACAGUCAGAUUCAGUCCAAACAUAUGUUGCUAAAAUAGAUUAAGUAAUCUGAUAAAUCUCAUACUAGUCCAAAAGAAAAUUCAUGUGUCAACUUACAUCUAAGACCCUGAUAACACAGUCAUUUCUCCAAAACAGGCUCAUCUGUCUCAUAAACGUUUUCCUGUCAUCAUUCCUCCAUAUGUGCUAACUUUUAUACAGGUACUUGCGACAUUUGGCUGGUAGAUGGUUGUUCCUGGUCUGAAAAACUGUGAACUUAUGAAGUGAAAAAAUGCAUCCUGUUUGUCUUGAUCAGGCCCUGGAAAGACAGAUGGCAGAGCGGGACUCCAUCACCUCUGGAACGACUCUGGCUGUUCAGAACUUGGACCAUAAAAACACAGCUGGCAUUGGAGACCUGAGAGGAAGAGUAACCAGGUAUGCCACUGAAGCCUGGAUUAAACGGUGUCUAAAAUUACCGAGAGACAAACCAGACUGUUAAAAAGUACAUCAGUUUAAGGACUACAAAAGAUUCUUGCAGAUCCAAACUUUUGAAGUUGUCGAGUAAUUUAUUUCUGGAUGGAUGAAUACACAGUUAAAAAGACAGAUUUAGUGAAAUUACCUGGAUGUCUUUUCCUUCUAAUGACCAAAAUUGCAUCUCCUUCAUCAUGUCUAGUUCUUUCCAGUCUCACACACACCUUUCCAGCUCUCUCUCUCACACACACACACACACAUAUGCAGGUUUGAAACACUCUUGAUUCUGAUUAGCACUUGCUCAGGCUGUGAUGAUAAAAGCAGAUUACAUUGCUGAAGAGAGGCCAUCACAUCACUGCUACUUCAAAAAGAGCCCAAUAAUAACAGUGUUUUUCAGUGUCGCUACCUCAGUCUAAUCCUUUUAAACACUGCCUGCAAUGAUUGGUCAAGUCAUCUCGAGGAUAUUGCCUGUUACCGAACAAACAGCUGAUUUGUGGUUCAAUAAAGAGUGUAGGAAAAAUUCACCUACUCUGUCUAAUGACCUCUUGUUUGUUGGUCAUAAAUUCUCUGGUAGGUUAAGUGCCAGUGGUUUCUGAUUAGCUGUAUCGGCUUGGGUGGCUCUUUAUGGACAGGCUGUAGUGGUCUACAGGGAAAUAACCCAAAUUUCACACUGGACAUCUUCAUAAUUAGCAGCUGGUAUUGAUGAUGAGUGUACAUAGUGUUUAAUCAAAAUACUGGCAUACACACGACCCACUCCAAGGAAGAAAAAAAGAAUUUGCAUACAUAGAGGUGAUGGUCUCAAAUUCGUGACAGGAAAGAAGGGGAUGCUCUUACACUGCUGGUAAAAGUGAGCAAAGGCAAUGUUACAAAAACCGAACAUGAAGGAUUUUAGAAACUAAACGUUGAAAGCGAGGGGUUGUAAAGGUUUCAGAUCUGCUGUCACCUCCAGACAUUUCUCAUCUCCUCAUCUUUACACCAGUCACUCGCUUCCUGUCGUUCCACUUUUCUCGUUCAUCGGUUCCACCUCUGCUUCUUCGCCUAUUAUCUCAGGUGUGAUGCCAGCAUCGCCAAGCUGAGCGCUGGCGUUAGCCCUGGGGACCGGCAGCUUAUUAGACUGCAGCAAGAGGUGGCAGAGCUCAGGUCAGCUGUGGAUGUGCAGCUCAAAGGGCUGGAAGCCAAGGUGAGAGAUGUUACAGCGCUAGGCAAAAGGGGUUUGUAGUUUAACAGCUGCAAAAAGUACCAAGACACCUGUGUGAAAAGAAAAUGGAUUCAAUUCAGACAUAUCAUAUCUUAAAAAUGAUGCAGGAGGGAAAACCAUACCUAAAAUAAUAUGACAUUAAAGGAAUAUUCCGGCGUAAAAUUAAUUUAGGGUCAAACACACCAUAACACCGAGCUAUAUACCCCCUCAAGAGAUGAAUGUUGCCAACCACUUGCUUCUCUAGUUAUACCAACUUUAGUAAUGACCAUAUGAUAGCAAAACACAGCGGUCUGAGGAGCCAUAAACAAACCUCAACCAAAACGCCACUCUAUAGCCACAAAUAACUCUCGGAACAGCACCUAAAUUCAUUAACUGUUCAUAUAGGGUCCUAGCCUUAGUACAAGCCAUCAAACAUCUUUUUAACUUUGCCGAAUUUCUUUCGCAAAAACACUAAACCCAACUCGCCUACUCUCUUCCAGCAGCCGCUUGUUUGUAACGAGACCUCAGACCAGUCCAUUACGGACUGCAGCAGGGUGACGCAGCUCAAAGAAGAACAUUUAUGAUGUAUAUUUCCUCUCGUAUGCAUUUUGCUUAUAUAUGAUGUAUUGAUUUCAAGAAACAUAUAAGAGUGUAAAAAGUGUGACAACAAGUCCCUGUCUCCCCUACUGCCUUACUUAAUUCUUGAUUCACAUAGGAUGGCUGAUAACACUUCUUCUUCUUUCAUUUCUCUCAGUAUGCUGUAUCAUAUUUAGGAGCAAAAUCUUCAACCCUUACCUAAUCCUCACCUCUUUAGAGCAUGAGAUUUAUUUGAGCAGUCAUCAAUAAAGGAACAAUGGCCUCCUUCUCAGAUUUGAAAGGUAUUAAAGAGGGAUUACAUUCAUAAAUGCUUAAAUGCUAAUUGCAGAAGGCAAACAAUCAUCUGAACAAACACAUAACAGGCUGUAUUUUGCUGUCAAUCCUUGAAGGAUGGCUGACUGUUUUUGCUGUAAAACUGGCUUUUCCGUGUAGGUUGAGCAACCACAGAAUCUGGAAGAAGGGAAAUGAGAUGUGAAAUUACUUCAAAGGAUAGAGUCAAGCUGUCUCUGUGGGCAGUUUUGACUGCCCUCUGAGUCUAACUCUCUGUAUUAAAAAAAAAAUACUAUAAAAACGCCCAAACCCUGGAUUAGAACACACGUCAUGUAAUGCUUUCCAUCACUUUACUUUAUCUUAAGCUGCCCUAAAGUGCUGUCAACAAACACUCUCCCUGAUUCAGCAUGCACUCUCUGCUGUUGGUGGCACACGAGGGUAAAUCAUGGUGAUGGCCGCACAUUAGAUGUGGAGCACUGGUCAAGCAUGUACCAUAAAGAUAAUUGAAAAGGCAGAGAAAGUGGGUCGCUGCUGUAACUCCCGUGCAGUCCCGACUGGGUAGAUGUGCAGAGGCUGAGUUUGACCGACUCAGCAGAAGCCUUAGAGGUGAAAGAUCAGCCAAUAGAAACAUUAAUGUAAAGAGCUAUCCUCACUGUUUUGUUCCCGUUAGAAAACAGAGGUAGAAAAAAACAAAUAAAAUGACAAUAUUGAAAGAAGUGUUUUCAUCAAGAAUGGUUUAUUGUACCAAAAGAAAAAAAGGCACAAAAAAGCAACCAGCAAUUUGUGGAAGUAUUGAGCAAAGUGAUUGUUCAUACAUGAACUCAAAUUAAAGUUCUGUUCAUCUGCAGUCAUUACUAAAGUUGGUGUAACUAGAGAAGCAAGCGGUCAGCAACAUUCAUCUCUUGACUGGGUGUCUAACUCAGUGUUACAGUGUGUUUGACCCUAACUUAAUUUUAUGCCAGAAUAUCCCUUUACAUACUGCUUGACUUCCCUUUUCAUUUUGGAAGGUGAAACCCUUUCUAAACAGGUGGCACAAACAGGUUUUUCUCUCCUCCUAACCUCUAUAUAACCGUUACAGUGAAGCAUGUGUGUGUGAUUUCUUUUUCUUCAGCUUUAUCACGACCUCAAGAGACUGGAGGCCUCAUUGUCACAAAAUUCCCAGGGUCAUAAGAGCUCCGUGUCUGACCUUCAGGAACAAGUUAAACGACUAGAAGACAGGUAAGCUUGUUAUUUCAAGAGAACGUUCAGGUCUUUUGGGGGGGAACAGCGGUGCAAGAAGAGGAAGAGUGUCUCUGAUAAUGCAGGCUGUCUCGAAAACAUGUCCAAAAAUUUUAAUGCAUAAUAAAUGCAGAGUAGAGGAUAUAAAGGUGGCAUUUGAGGUGAUCACAAAAGAGCAUUAAGGAGAGAAAAAACACUUAAUAUGAACAAUGUCAACACCUCACCCACCCACAGAUGCUUCCUCAGUGGGCUGAUAGUCCCACUCUAUUACCACACGAUUACCUGCUUCAUUUACACACCAGCAGACCCCAUCUUAGCUUUCAUUUGGAGAAGAAAACAUCCACUUAAAGGUAAAUAUAUGGAUUAUUUUGUUUGUGUUUACACAUGCAGCCUUUCUGGACUAUGUCAGGACAUUUUCAAGAUUGCACUGCAUGUGUAUGAGCAAUGUGGGUUAGGGCAGCAUCUCGGUAAUUUUCAACUGAACAUAUCAAGAUAUAUUUGUAUACUUCAGUUCUGCUGGUUAUACCUAUGAAGUAUGGCCAUUAGAGAAUCUAAUCUAGAGAAAUAAAUCUGUUUAUCAGAUUACGCCUCCUCUCCUUACUCCAUCUGUAGCUACACUCCAUGGUGCCACAGUCCUUUCAAAAUAUUGUCGCCUGAGGUUCAGAAAAGCUGUUAGUUCAGUUGAUUGACUAACACAGCUAAUAAAUGAAAUCGAUAGGCAGAAAAAGAAUGCAAAAUAAAUCAUGUAGUUUUACCACAGGGCAAACAGACACAGAAAGAAAUGAGUAAUGCAUUUGUUGUGUUUGGUAAUGUUCUACAAGAAGAUGUUUAAUGGAAAGCAAUUUAUGGAUCAUAUGAAAACAAAGUGAAGGAAAAAAAAAUAAACACAAAGAAAUGAUGUCCUUUGUGGAACAUCUACCAUCCAUCAAUCCAUGCAAGGUCAACCACGGGUGUAUCAUUCUCAAGCAGUUUUAAGUUUUUCAGCGAUGUUUGUUUCUUGUCUGCUUUUUCUGUCAUGUUUCCAAACUAAUAUGGAGAAAAUAAAGCUGAUUUCAGACAAUUCUUAAUAAACUUGGGUAUGUAUGGAAAGUUUGGUCGAUUUUGCAUCCUCCUGUACUUCAGUUUAAAGACAAAACUAAAACUCAACAGUUUGAUAAUAUUAUCAUUUGAAACCUAUUGUCAACCAUGAGCUUUUACAACACAGACUUGGGAGUACUGGACUCUGAACAUGCUGUUGCUUAAUUUUCAAAUUAUCAUAGUGAUUGGUCUCACUGCAUCAGGCAUGAUGGUCCAUGCUCUGAUAUUAUAACUAUCCAUACAGGUGUACCACAGGGCUCUGUUUUAGGCCCCUUUCUGUUUCCUAUUUAAGCCAGUAAUCUGUUGCAAAAUGUAUCAGACGCUGUGUUCCAGUUUUACACUGAUGACACUUUUAUAUACUCUUGCACAGCGACUCUCGUACAGGCUGUCAAAUACCUGCAGAAUGUAUUUGAUGUUGUUCAGGAUAUACUGCUUAAGCUAAAGCAUGGUUUAAUUGCAGAGAAAACUAAUCAAGUGUUUUACUAACUCAAAGGCUGGGUCACAAAUUGUACCCGUGGUGGUCACUGCUGAUGAAAACGAGAUAAAGGUUGUAAACACUUACAAAUACCUGGUUAUUCUGAUUGAUGAUUCAAUUAAAUUCAAACAACAUGUAAUAUACCCAAUGAACAAAAACAGAGGCUAAAACUGAGUUUUCAUUUUUGAAACAAGUUGGAUUUUUCUGUUGCUGUAACAUUUUUUUAACCAUACUGCCCUAUCGUUAUAUGAUUGAUAUUGUUUACUGUCCAUCCUUGAGGUUCAUAACGAAUCGCAAAGCCCAUACUUGGCCAUCUCUGGCAACCUGAAGGCUACUGUAUUGUUAUGCCUUUAUUUAUAGGCAUUUCUUGGCUUGCUACCGCAUAUCUAUGGGUUUUUUAUCACACAGAAAAGUGUUGGGCAAUAUUCAGGGCUUUUUAAUGCUUUGUCCAAAAAGCUUAUGCUGAAAGUGGUAAAGAGGCUCUUGGGUUUUCUGCAGCUUCAGCCUGAAAUUUAUGACAGAUAGACCUGAAACUCAAGGAGCUGGUGUCUUUGCUGGUGUCUUGAAAUGUUUUUCCAACUUAAAAAAGAAUGAUUUUUGGGUUUGUUAGAGCAACAAUUCAGCUUGCUGUACUCCUCAAAGCACAAGACUGCUGACGCCGCCGACAAAAAAAGUCGAACACGUCUUGUUAUAAGACAAACUACAGAACACAAAGAACAAAACAAAAUCAACACUCUGACUAUAGAGAGUUGUUAGACCUUCACAGAGACAGGCGAGCUCUGAAAACUCCUCCAACCCGACCGGAUCAGCCAUCCUGCUGUCAAGUUCACACAAGGCCCAACAACUGUCAACAUUAACAAGAUGAACGAGGUCUCUCUGUAGCGUCUGAUUUGUACUGAGGAUACACACAUUGAGUCUUGGCAUGUGCCUCAUUGAUUUUCUCAUUAAGGGAGAACGUCUCAGAUUGCAAGAAUGAGAGAAAAGGAGGUCAAUUGAACCUAAGUGCCAAUAUGUUUUAUAAAUAGAAGAAAAUGUCAUCCUUGAGACGAAUUCACAAAGCAACCCAACACAGCGCCCACACUAUACUGAAGCCUGAUACAGUGUGGGUUGUAUACUACAGUACAGCCCACACAGUAUUUCACUCAGCACGGCCUGAUAUGAAGCUUUUAUCAGAAACGUUUUAACACUGAUUACUUGGUGGGCUGUGUGAGUAAUAUGAACUACUUACAGCUAUAUUAAUGAGCACUUCUUUCGAUGAGAAUCAAGUGUUUGUCAUGUUUUUAGGAUCAUGCAGCAUCAUUCUGCUUUUACUUCUUUCUCAUUACAGUUUUAAGGCCCCUGUGAGGAGGUCUUGGCAGGUUAUGAAACAGCAUGAAAUUAAUAAUGAAUCUUCAACAACAAUGACUAAGAAGUUUUUGUUAAUAUCUCUAACAGAAGUCAUCCUGCAGGCUUUUAAUUGUCAAAUCUGAAUAAAUCUGUGAAUAAUAAACACAAGGCAGUUCCAGGAGUUGCUCAGCUGAUGCCUCCCCGUUUCACUAGUUUUAGACAUAAAUAAUGACAAUAUACAUUUUUCAGUCUUGUUCCCAUAGGUCUUGUUUGGCAUUAACAUGAUUUUCAGUCUAUUUGCUAAACAACAAAAUACUCCUCAUCAGAGCUUUGACGCCUUUCAGAGCAGGGUUUGAAGGACUUCCGCACUGAUUCAUGCUUGACCUUCUUUUUUCCCUGAAAAGAUGUUUUAGAGAUGAAAAAAAAAGUGCCAAUAAAGCUUAGGCUUCACUUUCUUCUUUUUAUUACCAAGCACAAAGAUUUGGCACUUAUGAUUAGUUUAUAAUUGGUUUUGAUUCGCUGCAAGCAUUUAUCCGGUUUUUAACAAUAGCCUGUCUAUUUUGCAUUCUUUAAAGGUUCAUAAUCUAUUAUACUCAUAAUGUUGGAUCGGACUGUAUCGUUUGACUUUAAAUGCAUUUUCAAAGUACAUAUUUACAUCUUUUUAUCCUUUAUUUUUUUCAGGGUCUCUGUUGAACUGAGAGAAGCCAAGGAGCAGGCAGAUUCUCUGAGAAAGAGGACAGAACAACAACUCAACACCUGCAGCCAUCUCUGCACACAGCAGCAGGACCAAAUGGUAUCACUCCUCUCAGUUUCAAGCCGUUUUUUAAAGACGAAAUACAAGUAACGACAACAAGGUUUUUCUGUGUUUCUUUCGAUGUCACCUCGGCUGGCUUUUAGCAAGGGUUCUGCAAGAUAUAACUUUUUGAGUAUGGUGUUAAACUGAGCAGAGGUUAGUCACACUUUGAGCUGUGACUCAGCAGAAGAAAAACUGCCACUUUAAGAAAAAAUGGAGAAAUGUGUGAAAAGAGAGAACAGAUGGUGAGAAAACUGCAAAGGGGUAACAGAGAGGAUUUGUAUGGGUGUGUUAUUCAAGAAGCCAUGUGAGGUUAAUUAAUCCUUAUAAAACUCGUGUUUGUAAAGAUGAGAUCUGUGAUAGGAUAUGACACAUUGAUCAUUGGAGAAAGUUUGACAGAAGAGGUUGAAAAUAGGUACUUGAGUCUAGAAAAAAAAAAAGAAAUGAUUAAAAGUAACAGUAUUUAUAAAAAAUACAAAUCCAGAGCAAAAUAACUUAAAAAUAUAAACACGGAAAGAUGAAAAUGAAUAAAACUGUGAGUAAACUGGAGAAAACAUAAGUAGCGAUAACAAAGCAAAGUGGAUUCAGAUGCACAUCUUUAUCAGCAGCAUGGAAACCUACUAUAAGGGUUAAUACAUCUUGCUUUAAACUUUAUCUCAAUACACUGUAGAAGUCUAAACUUGUACUGUUUAUCAUUUAGGACAUAGUAUUGAGAUAGAAUACAACUCUAUCUUAUCUCUUCUCCAUUUUAAAUGAGCGUAGCACAACCUUGUAUCAUUAUUUAUAAUGGCUAAAAUUGGUGAGAUAGAGUAGGUAUCAGCCAAGCAGUUAAAGGAACAGCCUUUACUACAGCUCUCUUAUAAGAUAUCCACAGUAAGUGAUGCGUUUGAUUGUCAAAAGUCAACAGGAUGAGGUAUUCUGUCUGAAGUCCCGACCUGAGCAUGUAAAAUACAAGAUAAGCAAAGACUACUUUGUCCACAGGAGGCGCCAAAGUUACAUUAAUUUAAUACACCAUGAUAUCUAUUUGAAAUAAAAGUCAGACAUGAGAAUAGCUUCGCUUUUUUUUAUUUUGUAGUGUGUACCAGAGUUGACAUCCUUUCAUGGAGAACACGGAUUUUCUAAAGUUCAUGCUUCUAGUUACUCUGUUCCAGUCUUGAACAUAACUGGAAAGAGGUUCAAGGAUGAUAUAUUAAAGAGAUAAUAAUUGAGAAACACAAAGAGGCAAUAAGACUCUCAAAGCUUAAGAAUUAACGAAGAAUUAUCAUAUCAGUUUUUUUUUCUGUGUGGUCUUUGUUUAGCUAAAGUCAUCAUCUUCAUUAGCUGACCAGCUACGCGCUCUUGAGAACCGCAUGGAGCAGUGGGAGACCCGGAACGAUCUGUCUUGUCGCAGUCAGGUGGAGCAGCUGAAACGCUCUGAGACCAAACUCAGUAAAAGAAUAACCUCAGCAGAGAGCAGCCUUCGUCAGGAGCUGCAGCUGCUCAAACAGGAGUACCACAAAGGUAGGAGGAUGACUGUCUGUAGUUUGCUGUCAUCAGAGAGUAAACACACACAUAAUAACUUUUAUCUCACCUUAAACCUCAAGGACACACACACACAAGCUUAAAACCCUUUUCAGUCAUGGUUUUUCACCAAAUACCUACAUCCGUAACACUGACGACAACCAAACUGUGAAGUCAGUAUGAGAAGUUUUCUUAUUCGAAGGAUCUGGAGCUACAGUAGUUCAUUAUUGUUUCAUAGUUAUUUUAAGGGAAACUGAUUAGAAGUCAGAUCAGAAGCAGCACAGUGAUGGUUUGUCCUCCAACUGGCUUCAAGAAUCACACAGGAGCCUCCACUAACGCACAAAGCAGCACAAACUCCCAGUCGUAAAUGAAAGUACAGCCGGAUUUAUAACCAUAUCCAAUUAUAUGACUGUGCAUUAGAGCUGUCUGAUACCUCAAAGAGAAAGCCACACAGGCUUCUCCCAGUGCAGCAGCUAAACUCUGCAUCACGCUGCUGUUGACAUCCAUCCUCACGUCACCACUGUGCCAACUCAACACUCAUUUCCCAGGAGCCCUGGCAUAAGAUCUCAAACCUUCCUCAUUUUCUGUCACCCUGUCUUAGUCUCCAGCUCUUAUUAAAGGGUAGACAAAUAAAACAGAGCCAAGGCCCCCCUCGGUAAAUAAACACAGGGACAAACGGUUCUAUGAAUCACCUCUCAGCUGCCGACCUUAGCGCUCGCUCUAUCCGAGUGAAAAGAUGGAAGGAGGGGAUGAUAAAGGGCAGACGGCAAUACAUAAUUUAGGAACGUAAAUAUCCUCUUCAAGACAGGCGGAUAGUUGAACAGAGAAAAAAGAGAUUUAAUAUCCCAUCAAUGGAAGAAGAUAGCUCAUCUCUUCACCACAGGUCACAAGCAAAGACUUUUACUUUUGUGUCUAUGAAAUAUUAAAAGAUUUCCAUUUUUGGAAGCUGUUCCCAAUAUACUCAUGAUAACUGAUGAUUAUCACGGUUUUGACAAAACAUAAGAAAGAGAGACAGCACAGGUGUAUAGAAAUGAAUUCAAUAGUCACUAUCAGACAGCUUACAGGAGAAAAAGCUGUAAGAAUAAGUCAGAAGGACGGCUCAGAAACAAGAUUAUACCUCAAUCAAUCACUGAGACUAUUUAGAGAAUUUUUCUGCUGAUUCUCUGCACAUAUACUGCUUCCCUUCUCCUCAGGCUUCCUCUCUGUGCACGGCACCAUUGAGUCCUUGAAGCGGAUAGGAGACAUCAAGUCUCGCCUGGACAGGGAGCAGUUUCAACAGGAUAUCAAGCACAUCUACAGUAAAGUGGCAGAGCUCGAUGACCCUCUGUGACUGAUGAGGAGCCCCUUGUUCGUCGUGGACCUGGCCCGAUGGGUUUCAACAAGCCUUUAUUUGCUCAUUGAGCUGAUUCAGCCUGUUCUCUGAGCCUGCAGCUGCUGUAUGUAGACUCUAUAUUUGUACUAGUAUGAAACCCAAACCACGUACCACAUACCAAAUCACACCGAAAUCGUGGCUCUUUUAGUCUUGUCCAUUAAAUGUACAUAAAAGAACGCUAUUCUAUUAAAA